AUGACCAACUUUUAUCCUUUGUCCAAAAUUCUUAAUGAUAAUCAUUUGACUGGACCAAACUAUGUGGACUGGAAGAGAAAUUUAACAAUUGUCCUCACUGCUGAAAAACUGAACCAUGUCCGAACGGCUGAUCCACCUGCCCUCCCUUGGCAUGAGGGUGUUCCUACUGCAAAAGACAUGAUGGUAAAUUUGAAAGAAAUGUUUGGAGAACAGAGCAGAAGUGCACGCCAAAUUGCCAUGAAAGGUUUGAUGUCCACCAAAAUGGUGGAAGAUAUUGAUGGUGAAACUAAAAUUGAUGUGAUCCUUUCAUCUUUACCAGAUUUUUAUAAUUAG